GUGGGAGGCGGCGCGGCGGGGCGCGCGUCCAGUAUGUCCCCGGAGGCGUCUCCCCCGCGUUCGAGCGUGCGGCUGGUGUUCUUCGGCGCGGCGGGCGUGGGCAAGACGGCGCUGAUCCAGCGUUUCCUGGCGGACACGUUCGAGGCGCAGCACAAGCGCACGGUGGAGGAGCUGCACUGCCUGGACUGCGAGCUGGGCGCGCUGCGGCUGCGCCUGGAGAUCAUGGACACGGGCGGCAGCUACUCCUUCCCGGCCAUGCGCAGGCUGGGCAUCCGCCGCGCCGACGCCUUCGUCCUGGUCUACUCGCUGCAGGAGCCCGACUCCUUCCAGGAGGUGCGGAGGCUCCGCGCGGAGAUCCUGGAGACCAAGGGCGGCGCCGCCCGCCCGCCCAUCGUCGUGGUGGCCAACAAGAGCGACCUGGCCCCCCGCCGCCGCCGCCGCCCCAACGCCGCCGCCCCGGCCUCGCCCCUCCCCGGGGCCCUGGACCUCGACUGGGGCGGCCCCCACCUGGAGGCGUCCGCCAAGCUGGGCCACAACGUACUGGACGUCUUCCAGGAGCUGCUGCGCCUGCUGCACCUGCCCAGACGUCUCAGCCCCGCGCUGCGCCGCCGCCGCCGCCGCCAGACCCUCCCCUCCUCUUCCUCCUCCUCCUCUUCCUCCUCCUCCUCCUCCUCCUCCUCCUCCUCCUCCUCCUCCUCCUCCGCGCAGCCCUCCGGGCCUCCCGCCGUCCGCAAGAGCCACAGCUGCACCGUGUCCUAGCCCUCCCCCCGUCCCCGCAGCAGAACGCCCCGCGCAGCACCCCCCAACUCAAUAAAAGCUCCACCUCC